AUGCCGUGCGUCGUGGAAAAUCAGUUAGAAACGUUCCGUGCCGAUCCUAUAUUAUCUCAUUUGGCCCAAGGCACUAACGUACGCUUCGGGGCAUGUCCACACGCUCCAGAACCAGAAAGAAGAGAAAAGUUUUUGCAAAGUUGCAAAAGCAAGCGGCUUGCUGUGGUAGGUUGUUUGACUUUUUAUUUGUAUUUUAGGCUAAUUUUGGAUUUUUAGCCUACUUUUUAUUUGUUUUGAUUUUUUUUGUUACCGAACAUAAACUAUACUAGAUUUUUUUACAAAAUCGUGGCAUAAUUACCAUGUUAUAACUUAAAGCUAACGAUUUGCCGAUCUUAUCUAUAGCUACACAUAUCUUGUGUCAUAUAACAUGUCACGACCUUUACGUUCUGAAAUUGGAGGCCAAAUCUCUUUUUUGUCACUUUUGAUGCGCGACCGAUCUUUUAAUCUUUACGGCUUUCUAGCGUACGAUCUAGUGACACUUCAAAAUUAUAAAAAUAGAUUUAAAAUUAACUAAUACACAAUUUAGUUAAUAUUUUCUAUCCUUAUGUUUCUUUUAAAAAUACAUUACAGCACGACCCAUAUGCUAACCAUAAGAGUCUCAAUUGACACAAACUUUAUUUGAUGUCUUUUUAAUAAAAAGUUUCUUUAAUGUCAUUGCUGUCCUCUUGUCGGAAAGCCAUAAAUUGAGUCGGUAACGAUUGGCCACGCUGCACUGUCUCUUUAAAUAGGGUUUACUAAGUUUAUAUAAAAAUUUUGUUAAGUGUCAUUUACUAAAAUUAAUGCAAUAAAUUCACAUAAAGGUAAAUUUGGUAACAUGACAUAAUUAUGACUCAAUAAUAUGACUCAAACAAAUCUUUUGAAAAUUCUAGACAUUUCCGUCGCAUGGAGUCAACAUGGAGUUGUCGUUGCAUUCAGAAGUUCGUGAGCAUGGUGGUGAUGCACACUUCGAAAGCUCCUUUAUAUUCAACGGAGUGUGUUGUCGUUUGAGAGGACGUAUCAACAAAAACUCGUUGGUUGGAACAGCCAAGGUUGAAUACGAUUCUGAAUCGGCGGAGCGGGAACUUAAAACAGCGGCCAAAGCGCGUUCAUAUCUUCAGAGAAUAAGCACGUUGCGAAGUUUGAUUACUGGUGGACAACCGCAUUAG